AUUCACAACGUGUGAGCUUCUCAGAAUGUUACGCUUCUGGACAAGAUUUACUAUAUUUUUUUAUAAAACAUUUGGUAUCACAAUAAUCUUUGAUAUGUAAUCAGCAGCCAUACUCUUGUUUGCAAAAUACACGAGUGGAUUAAUAAGGUAAUAAGAGGCGAAAAUGGAAGAGGAAGUACAAGUGCAAGUGAAAGACAACUCGCCUUCAAUAGAGCGCAUUUUAAGUCCAAUAGUGUACACCUCCUGGUUUCUGGGCGUCGGUGCAGCACAUCCACGAAUGUGUCCCAAAGUUAUAACAAUAAUCAUACGUAUAAUUUACAUGGCGGUGUGUUCCUAUGUCAUGAUAAGAGACACAAAAUUUGUUCAGCCUUUUCCAUUUUUUACUAAAGGCUUCAAGUAUGCAUUACCGUACCAAUAUUUACACUACCUGAAUAGGAUGAUGUGUUGUGUAUCAGCGUAUUAUUAUAUUUAUCACGGAAUCAGGCAGUACAACAAGUGGCCGGAACUGAUGGAUAGAUUGAAAGAACUUGAUCAGAAAAUCAGGGAAGAAAUAUCUACGAAUGAUCGGUCCAUAAAAAUUAUUGAAGCACUAGCAAUUUUCACGACGUUUAUUUUCUGUCCUUUGAUGCCGAUAAUUCAAACUCUAUCUUGCUUAUUAUAUUCACUACAAACAGAAGAAUUGCUGUUGUAUUACGUAUUAUUAGCGCAGUUAUUGAUUAACAGCUUUGUCUUCCAGGUUAUUGUCUAUGUAAUAUAUUGCAGAUUUCACACAAUAAAUAAAUUGAUUGGCCAGUUGGACAAGUUAUCCGAUGUGCAAUGGAUUGCGUUCAAAAUUGGAUACAUCAGAGAAUUGUAUACUGGUAUUUCCGAUGUCGCCAGCAUGGUAAAUAAUGUUCACGGUCUUCAUCUCCUCUUUUGCUCCGGGAAUUGCUUCACCAUGGCUAUAACCUCACUAUUAGAUCUUUUUAAUGUAACAUACCGUAAUCACUGGUUAAAGCUGAUGCAUCAUUUCUUACGCAUCGUAUAUUUCAUGCAAUUUUGCUUGAUUUGUUGGAUUUGCACACUCGCGUGCCAAGAAUCCAAUAGGACUGGUAGAAUUAUGCACAAAGUUAUAUUAAAUUACCAACCUGUCCAACUUGAUAAUCACGAGGCGAGUAAUCAAUCGAGUCUCGAAAUGCGAUCUGCACUAGAAGAUUUGAACAGCGAGCAGAAUUCUAAUUGUAGCAGCAGUCACAAUCCGUACGUCGUGGAAAAUUUUUUCCGCAAAAAUCUGACCCUAGAGUGUGUCAUAAAAGAGGUCAAUGACUUUUCGACUCAUCUGCAGCAGAAUCAAGUAGCAUUUACGGCUUACAAUUUUUUUGAAAUAAACAAUACUUCAUUCGGUUGUGUAAGUAUAUAAUUUCUUUACUUUAUUACAAUUCCCGUAGAAGAGAAGCUCUUUCGAAAUGUAAUAUAAUAGUUAUUGAAACAAUUAAUUGAAGUAAACUUGUUUUUCAGUUCGUUGGGGUGACACUCACUUAUCUAAUUAUUUUCCAACAAUUAUAUCAAUAACUAAUUUUAAAAAAUGCUAAAAAUGUAUCUGUAGUGUUUGAAAAUGUGUUGAAAUCCAAUUGUAUAUUUUUCUUUCUUUUUCCAAAAAGUUUUAUAUUUUUACAUUGUAUAAUAAUGUUGUAAAAACAAUUAGUAAUUAGAAAUUAGGCUAAUAAGAGCGCGGGUGAAAGUGCGCAAUCACAAAUAUUAAUAUUAUACAAAUUAUUUAUUUAUUUUAAAUUACAUAAAUGAAAAUUUCAACUCUCUUUGGAGUCAUCCUCAGCGUUUUACAUAAAAAAUAAGAUUAUCUAUCCGGCAUUAGUACAUAACGCAAUAAAGUCACCAGUGGUUUGCCAAAUCCGUAGUGGCAAAUGAAGGCAUGUAAUCAGUAGGACAACAUUUUAGGUAAUUACUCCCUCCGUGUAGUGUUAUACGUUAAUAUGUUGUUAAAUAUGUUAAUAAACUUCUAUAAGUAUAAUAAUUGGAUCAGUUUAUUACCGAUU